GCAGUCCCGAUGUCAUAACCUCCUCGUUGGCGGCGACCAACUCUGCUCUGCUGCGUUCGUAAUUUAUUUACUUGAAUAGUUGUGAAUUAAACAUUUGAAGCACUCAAAAUGUUGACGCUGCGACGUGGAGAGCAGCUGCGUGCGCGUCUACAUGCCGUCUGCUGCCGCUACCUGACCAUCGGCAAGGCAGAGCCACAGGCAGCGGCAGCGCCAGUGGCCGAAUCAGAAUAUAGUGUGGAACCGGAGUAUCCAGCCAUUAGGGAUCUCACCUACAAGGCGCGCAAGCAACAGACAGCCGCUGAGUGGCACGAGGAGAUUCGCCAGCUACCCACCGUCGAGGAGAAAAUGAUCAAAAUAAAUAUGCCGCGCUACUACGGCUACAAGGUGGUCGAUCUCAAUGAUACUAAAGUGCCGUUUAACGCCCUGCCGCUGACGCAGCAUUACACGCGCACCGUGCUGGAGUUGGAGGAGGAGCUGCAGCCUGACAGCAGUCCCGCGUCCAAGCCAGUCGGAGCCGUCGACGACAGUCAGAUGGAUUUGGAUGCCAUCGUGAAGGUGGCGCGUAACGAUAUUAUUGAAGCGUUGGAAUAUGCCCAUGACUGCUACAAACACCAGCUGACGCAGCUGGUGACACCGCUCGAUGCAGUGGCAGGCGAACAGCAGCUGACCCAGAUUAUUGUGGAGCAGAUAAAUCGUUCCGCAUUGCAAGUGCUUGGCGCUGAUUUUACGCAUUUGCAUGACGUCGAGAUUGACUACAAUCCGCGGCACGAGGCCUUUUGGGCCGUCGGCGGCGUUGAUCCGCCCAAUAAUGUGAUCAAAUCAAAGAAGGGCCGCGAAUGGCAGAAGGAGGACGCCAAUGACAGCGUUGACCGUCUGGUGCAGUAUACUGGCGAGCCGUAUUUGGCGCUGCGGCAUCAUCAACAACUGCCACCGUGGAAAUCGGCCGAGGAGAGCGAGAAUCUGACGCUGGCCAUGAAAGUGCCGCGCUACAAGCAUGAUGCACGCACCUUGGGCUAUAGCACCACGCAUCAGCAUGCUGUCAAUGUGCCCGGCUACUGGCCCAGCACAAAUGCGGCCAAUUUCGGAUUGCUCUCGUUUCAGUCGCGGGCACAUCUACAGCUGCGUCCGGACUCAUACGGUCAACGUGACCAGGUGGAGGCACUGCAUGCGCUGGCCAUUCAAUCAUCGUACGCGUGGCUGCUGGCGCAGGCCAACUACAAUGGCUUCAAUACCUACAACGAGCUGACCUAUCCGCUGAACACCCAGACUGUGAUCACAAACGGCCGCGAGUGGAGCUUCUAUGAGUAUCAGCUGAACACGCUGCUGCUCCAUGGCCCACAUGUGGAUGCGAAUGCUAAGGUGAACUUCUGUCGGGGCACAGCACCGCAGCCGCUCUAUGCGACAAUGUCGCCGGAGGGCAAAUGUGUGGACUUCAACGAUGCCACACUGCGUCGGUUGCUUGGCGUAUACAUAAAGGUGCCGAGCAUUCGUCGCGCUGCCGACGAGCUGUUGCCUUAUGUGGGCGGAGCAACGUUGCGACGUGCCGCAGAUUAUGAGAAUGGGGAGCAGCGUGAAUUUCUGGAACGAACAUUCAAGCAUUUGGCCUCGAAGCGUCCUCGGCAUCUUGAGCUGCCCGAGGUUUACAUGUGGGAGAAGCUGUACAAGAUAGAUAACAAGACACGGCCGAUGGAGGCGCGUCGUCGCUUCUUUGAGCGGGACGUCAAUCCGUGGAGACGCACUCUCGACCAGCACGACAAGGAGUAUGUGCCGCGUGUGGUGCGGCCAGGUGGACGCAAGAAUCGCGAAGGACGCUUCAAAAAUACCUAUUAUCCCUAACUGUUGCCACAUCCGCUGAAUGUUGAGGUUCCAUUAACUUUAUUUUAAUGAGUUUACCAACUACAAUAAAAUUUUGUUUUGUUGCAAAACGCAGCGAUUUUCACGUACGAUAUAUAAUAAUAAA